ACGAGGGAGGCGGGGCUCCCGGCCGGGCUCAGUCAGUCAGUCGCCACCGCCCGCCGCAGCCGCCGCGAGUGUGAACGUACCCUUAAAAAAAGCUGACAUUCCGACCUUCAAUCUGUGCGAACGAGACGUCUAUAUCUGGUUUAUCGUCAAUAGGAUGUAAAGAGUAUUGUACGGGAAGGCAGCACAUGCGCCGCGACACCUUGUCAUGGCGUUCUGGAGAUAGUUCCAGGUGAUUUGAAGGCGGUGUUUGUGGGUGUAGGUGCCAGCGACGGUAUGCGCGUGGUGUUGGCAGCGCUGACGGCGCUGGCGGCGCGCACCCUUGCCGGUCCGCACGAGCACCGGGCGAGGCACCACGCGCCUGCGCCUCCGCAGCCCUACCACGGCCACGGCGAGGCCGUCCGAUACAACCCCGAACUCGACACCAUCCUACCAAGACUCGAAGACCACGAAACUUCGUCUAAACGCGCCAGUGAUGCGGAAACUUCGUCCAAGAGAACCAAGUAUGAGGAGAGAUUUUACUCUAAUCACGAACGAGCCGCGGAGGUCAUGGCCGAUGAGCCGGUCUCAGAAAAAGGAGACGAAGAGGACCCUCUAGUUAUUCGCACUAGGAAGGGAAAGGUGAGAGGAAUUACGCUGACUUCAGCAACUGGAAAGAAAGUCGAUGCAUGGUUUGGCAUCCCUUAUGCACAAAAACCUAUGGGCGAUUUAAGGUUCAGGCACCCAAGACCCGUCGAAGAUUGGGGGGAUGAAAUUCUUAAUACAACAACACUGCCACAUUCCUGCGUCCAAAUAGUUGACACGGUAUUCGGUGACUUUCCCGGAGCCAUGAUGUGGAAUCCCAAUACAGAUAUGCAGGAAGAUUGUCUUUAUAUUAACAUAGUGACACCACGACCACGUCCAAAGAAUGCUGCGGUUAUGCUAUGGGUAUUUGGGGGAGGCUUUUAUUCCGGUACAGCCACUUUAGAUGUUUACGACCCAAAAAUACUUGUUUCGGAAGAAAAAGUUGUGUACGUGUCCAUGCAGUACAGAGUUGCAUCACUUGGAUUCCUGUUUUUCGAUACGGCCGACGUCCCUGGGAAUGCUGGGCUAUUUGAUCAGCUGAUGGCAUUGCAAUGGGUGAAAGAUAACAUUGGCUAUUUUGGAGGCAAUCCACACAACAUAACAUUGUUUGGUGAAUCAGCGGGAGCUGUGUCUGUGUCGUUACAUUUGCUGUCUCCCUUGUCGAGGAACUUGUUCUCUCAAGCCAUCAUGCAGUCUGGAGCCGCUACAGCCCCAUGGGCUAUAAUUUCGAGAGAAGAAAGUAUUCUGCGUGGCAUAAGAUUAGCUGAAGCUGUCCACUGUCCACAUUCAAGAUCGGAUUUGGCUCCUAUGAUAGAAUGCUUGCGAAAAAAGAAUGCGGAUGAAUUGGUUAAUAAUGAGUGGGGGACAUUGGGUAUAUGUGAAUUUCCGUUUGUUCCUAUCAUCGAUGGAUCGUUUCUGGAUGAAAUGCCGGUAAGGUCGUUAGCUCAUCAAAACUUUAAGAAAACAAAUAUUCUUAUGGGAUCCAAUACCGAAGAAGGAUAUUAUUUUAUACUCUACUACCUAACUGAAUUGUUUCCAAAAGAGGAGAACGUUGGAAUUAGCCGGGAACAGUUUCUUCAAGCAGUGAGAGAACUCAAUCCGUAUGUUAAUGACGUAGCAAGGCAGGCUAUCAUAUACGAGUACACUGAUUGGUUGAAUCCUGAAGAUCCGGUAAAGAAUCGCAACGCUCUCGACAAAAUGGUCGGAGACUAUCAUUUCACUUGUGGAGUAAAUGAAUUUGCCCAUCGUUAUGCAGAAACUGGUAAUAAUGUUUACACUUAUUAUUACAAGCAUCGAAGUAAGAAUAACCCUUGGCCGUCCUGGACUGGUGUGAUGCAUGCAGACGAGAUAAACUAUGUGUUCGGGGAGCCUCUCAAUCCCGGGAAAAAUUAUUCGCCGGAAGAAGUCGAAUUCAGCAAACGCCUAAUGAGAUAUUGGGCAAACUUUGCUAGAUCUGGAAAUCCGUCUCUGAAUCCAAACGGCGAAAUGACGAAGAUACAUUGGCCGGUUCACACGGCCUUUGGACGGGAAUAUUUAUCACUGGCUGUGAACUCCAGUUCAGUUGGUCGUGGUCUACGCGUUAAACAGUGCGCUUUUUGGCAGAAGCAUCUCCCCCAGUUAAUGGCUGCUACCAAUAAACCAGAGCCGCCGAAGAAUUGUACGAAUUCUGUUUCUUCUUUGUGGCCAUCUCGCAAAGCUCUCAGCUUCAACGUCAUAGCAACCGCUGCGCUUACAGGCACAGCACUGUUCAAAUACACCAUAUAAGUAACUUGUAUAGAAAACAAUUUUAGGAAUUUUGAUAGUUAUUUCGAAUUUAAUUUUAGCGAUUCUCCUAUUAAUAUAGUGUUAUCUGAUGUUCGUUGUUUUCGAUAAAAACACGUUUUGUAUAUUUUUAUUUCAAUAAAAAAAAAAACUAGAGUAUUUUUAGUUGUAAGCUAAAUGAAAGUGUUGAAUUGCGCUGAGUCCAUACCUAGAAAUACGCUGUAAGUUUCAUAUUAAAAAUUAAGCUACGUAAAAAAUAACUAUGUUAAUAUAAUUAUUGAAAGGAGUGAUGCCUCCAACAACAUAUCACUUGUUAUAAAAAUAUUAUAGAAUCUAUCUGUAGACGUAAUUUUGUCUUAGAAUUAUAAGUCUUAACAUAUCGGGAACGUCACGAGACAAUGCAGUUCAUAAUGAACUGUAUUUUCAAGGUAACAAUGGACAAUUUCGCCUGAAUUUGUAUGAGGUCGGUGUGAAGGCUUAGAACUAUACUGUUAGCUUAAAAUUAUUCGCCUCACAUGCAAACAUAUCACGCAUAGCAUAGUAUAUUUUAAGUUAGUGAAUUGUAGUUCUAUAUAGACGACAUUGUUAUAAUUAAGAUACCUUGAUAACUUGCCGCGGACCACAUCAGAAAAUUGGACGUGUAUAAUAUGUUCAUGUAACUUUGCAGGAGCCAGAAAGAUUUUGAUCACACCUUUCUAGAAUCAAUCAAUGAACUCCGUAAAGAAAUACGACGCUAAUUAUUAAUGACCAAAAACAAAAAACAUUUGAUGACUUGAAAAUUUAGAUCAAUAAUUUUGAGGGAGGAUUCGGGAAUGUGGUUGCAUUCAAAAAGUCGAAAUUUUUAAUCGACCUUAUUUUAUGGAGAAUCGAUAGCCAAUAAAAAUGACGGAAUAGGUUGCAGUAAAUAAUAUUUAGUCGGAAAUUUAGAUAGGUUGAACGUUUAAUAAAUUCCAAAUCAUAUUACGAACAAUGUGCAACCAAAUUUUGAAUGAAAUGGUGAUAGUCUACAUCAGUAAAGAGGGACGAGGAUCAGUAAAGCAUCAAUUUUACUCUCUUC